AUGUUCAACGUUGCGUCCAUCGCUGUCUUGAGUUCCUUUUUCGUGUCGCAGGUCGCUGCACACGGCGGUGUUAUCGCAUAUGUCAUUAACGGUAGGAUUUCUUCAACUUAUAAACGUCUUUACAAAGCCAAAGCUUGUUUUCAGGACAAAACUAUCAAGGAUGGCAACCAUACAACUCCCCUGUUGGCCAAUCAUCUAUUGGACGCCCCUACAUCGUUGAGCUGCAACAACAAUGGCCAGGCCAGCGGCUCCCAGCUCUCCGCCACCGUUCCCGCUGGUAGCACCAUCACCGCCAAGUAUUCACAAUGGACACACGCGGAAGGCCCCGUCAUGGUCUACAUGGCCAACUGCAACGGCCCCUGCUCGUCCGCAAACAGCAACAGUUUGAAGUGGUUCAAGAUCGACCAGACCGGUCUUAUCUCCGGCACUGUUGGAAAAGGAAAAUGGGGUAACGGUCUCGUUAUGGACACACUCCAAUACACCACGAAGAUCCCAGCUGCUCUUGCUGCAGGCAACUACCUCAUCCGCCACGAGCUACUCGCCCUUCACCAGGCCAACACACCCCAAUUCUAUCCCGAGUGCGCCCAACUCAUCGUUACUGGCGGAGGAGGACAAACUCCCAGCGGCAACUACCUCGUCAGCUUCCCAGGUGCAUACGGCGCCAACGACCCUGGUGUCAACAUCAACAUCUACACCUCUGCUGCCCAGUCCCAGACCACUUACCAAGUCCCAGGACCCGCUGUCUGGACUGGAAACUAA